AGGAUCGGGACCAUCGGGUCAGGGGCCCGAAGUUGCAUUGAGCUGCAACCAGUAACCCGUGGUAUAAUACAUGAUACAACAGUGUGCAAAAUUUUUGAAGACCAUUGCAAUUUCUUCUGUGUUUUGUUGUCUGAAUCGAAUUGGAAUGGAGACUGCAAAAUUGGAGGGAGUCCUGCAGGUGUUGUCUACCUCUCUUUCCCGAACCAAAUGGCGACUCAAAGCUUCGUCAAAGCGUCGUCUCGAAAUAGAUAUACUAGCCUUGUGCACUGGAAUGAGGCCAGUUGUAAUGGUGGAUUAUGGAGGAAAGAUGCCUGAACUACAAGAACGACUUUGUGCAGUUCUUAAACUCAGUCAAAAGGCCUCAUCCAUUUUUUAUCAUCUGAGAAUAAUGGUCAUAGAAGAUAUGAUAUAUUUGAUACAUGUCAAAGAACUGGCUGAGCAUGUGAGGUCAAGCUUAAACUCAGAACCAGAACUGCACUUUGUGGACCUUGAACACAAUCCUCCAAAGAUGAUAGUACAAGCAGAAAAAAGUUCAGUCGCAAUGCAGCUUAUAUCAGUUCAGAAAUGGUUUUCUUUGUUAUUUCCUGUUGACGAAAUCAACAAUGACCUCUUGCCUUCUAUCACGACAGAGGUCAUGUCUAUUGCCAAACCUUCCAUUAGUGAGCCCGUCGCUUCUCAAUCUUCAGAGAUCAUUGAUCUUAGUAGUGGCAUUCAAGGCACUCAAGUCGCUGUGCCAACUCUAAAUGGAUGGCUUCUUGGAUAUCCAGUGGUGUACUUGUUCAGCACAGAGCAUAUUUCAGAUGCUAUUUUUAAUCUUUCAACCAAGUCCCUUCGCAUAUUCAAAAUUUUAAUCUGCAGGAAUGAUGCCUACAAAGGAUCUGGGAAAGAAGAAUUACUGAGUUUCUCAGUGCCUUAUGACCUGAGCAUGGGAGGGAGCAAUGAACCAUGGGCUAAGGCAUUUAUGGCUCACUUGGAAGCAAAGUGGGAAAAAUGCAAGCAAGUUUGGAGUUCUCUGCAGAUGGAGGUUAGUGAAUACCCUCCGCAGGCAAUUGCAUUAUAGUAACUACCUACUCUUUUAGCAAUAAUUCAAAAGCCUUAAGGCAUUGAGAACCAAACUUGGAUGUUGAAAAUGCAUAAUAGAAAUCUUAAUUGCAUGACUAAA